CGUCCGAGUACGCCUGCGACAUCUGGUACACGAUCGAAUCCUUCCUCUGCAAUGACUGUUCCCGAAGAAAAGGUCGGGGCGGAAGAGGCACCGGCCCCCAUCCAGCUGCCGAGAAAUUCUGCAUCUUCGACAGAGGUUGCAAACACGCCAACCACGGCUGACCUCAGCAGCGACGAGAAGCCCAGUCCGAUACAGGAACAAACGAUUGCACAGCCAGCCAACAAUGACGAUGAGGCAGCCAAGCGCCAGGGACCGGCCCCUGACAGCGCCGAGGACAACUACAAGCCCAAGUCCCUCAAGUUCUGGCUCAUCAUCGUCAGUGCUUUCGUGUCCAUGUUCCUCGUUGCCCUGGACCGGACCAUCAUCUCGACUGCCAUUCCGACAAUCACGGACGACUUCCACUCCCUGUCGGACAUUGGCUGGUAUGGAUCGUCGUACAUGCUUACAACGGCAGCCUUUCAACUGAUCUGGGGCCGGAUCUACCGCUUCUACGAUUUGCGUUGGACAUUCUUGACGUGCAUUGUCAUUUUUGAGAUUGGCUCUGCCAUCUGUGGUUCUGCGCCGAGCUCGUCUGUAUUUAUUGCUGGACGGGCAAUCGCAGGUGUAGGAUCUGCGGGCAUCACGACGGGGUCUCUACUUACAACCAUCGACUUGAUUCCUCUUGCGAAGCGCCCCAUGUUUCAAGCCUCGUUCGGUCUCAUAUUCGGCGUUGCAAGCAUCACUGGCCCUCUCAUGGGCGGUGCCUUUACAGAAAACGCGUCCUGGAGAUGGUGCUUCUACAUCAACCUGCCUGUCGGAGUCGUCGCUUUCAUCCUCCUCUUCUUCUUCCUGAGGGUUCCCUCGAAGCCCAAGGCGCCCGCCUCCGUCAAAGAACAAAUUCUCCGCCUCGACCCUCUCGGCACUUUGUUCUUCAUCCCAUCCACUGUCUGCCUCUUGCUCGCUCUGCAAUGGGGAGGCUCGGUAUACGCAUGGAACAGCUGGAGAAUCAUCCUGCUCUUCAUCAUGUUUGGAGUGUGCGCCUUGGCGUUUGCCCUUGUCCAGAUCAAGAUGCCAGAGACUGCGUCGCUGCCUCCCAAGGUCAUUAGCCAGAGGACCCUGCUCUGUGCAACACUCUACAUGCUCUUUGUUGCAGGCGCCAUGAUGCUCUUGGUCUACUUUAUUCCUUUGUGGUGUAAGUUUCAAACCACACAUGGCAUCAGCCCUGUGCGAUCUGGCAUCUAUACGCUUCCUCUGGUGCUGAGCCUUGUCGUUGCUGUAACCACGUCUGGGAUCUUGACGCAGCGCAUUGGGUACUACAUGCCGGCUUUGGUCAUAGCUCCCUGCAUCAUGGCCGUGGGCGAGGGCCUCUUGUUCACUUUCAAGCCAACCACUGGAUCCCCUCACUGGAUUGGCUACCAAUUUCUCGCAGGAUUCGGGCUGGGCUUUGGAUUCCAGACGGCAAACCUUGCUGUCCAGGCCACGCUCCCGAAAAAGGAGAUACCCACUGGUGUUUCCAUCUUGUUCUUUGCUCAGCAGCUUGGAGGGGCCGUCUUCUUGUCCGUUGGCCAAACAGUCUUGAACACCUUGCUCGUGUCCCAUUUGAAAGACGUGCCGGGGCUGGAUUCCGAGACGAUCAUCAAGAGCGGUGCGACUGAGCUGAGCAAAGUCGUGCCAUCAGAAUUUGUUUCUUCAGUUGUUGACGCAUACAACUAUGCCUGCACUCACAUCUUCCUGGUUGCGCUGGCAUUGACUUGUGCCCAGCUGGUGGCUGCCCUAGGCAUCGAAUGGGGAAGCGUCAAGAAACCGAGGAAUCAGCAGGUAAAAGCAUAGCGAGUAGAUUCGCUCAGCAUUUGACUUGAAUAUUGGCGUUAUGGCGAUAUAGACUGUGGAUUGGAGCAUACAUGAACUGGCCACUUGUAUCUUGGAUUGACACCCUACUCUCUUCUCCUUUAAUGUACACUUCCCCUCUUCAAAAAAGAAAACUCUAGGAUUCAUUGAAGAGAUCGGUUGUGUCGCUGUGA